AUGAAGUCGAUCUUUGGCUGGGGGCUCCUGGCCUCGACAUCUGGCAUUGGCUUUUCCGAGUUUGUGACCCAAAAGAAUGGUCUUCAAGUCGAUGUCUACCACCAACCGCCAGCUGUGGUGGCCUACCAGAACUCAACUGAUCUCUCUUUCUCUCCCACUGCCUUCACCUUGAUCCACGGCGAACACGACGCGGUUCUUGUCGAUUCCCCGGCAACAAUGGCUCAGGGCAAGGCUCUGGCUGAGUGGAUACAUGAGACCAUCCCCGGCAAGCAACUGAAAACAGUGUACAUCACACAUGGACACGGCGAUCACUUCUUCACUGGACCCAUCAUACAACAGAAUUUCCCUGGGGCCCAGGUGGUGGCGAAGAAAGACGUAUAUGACCAUAUGUUGCAACAAUACGAGCCCACCUUCUUCAACUCCUUUUGGGCAUCACUGUUUCCCGGGGGCCAAAUCACGGACAGUCCAUUUUCGGCCAAGGUGUUGCCGGAAAACGGAACGUUCUACCUCGAAGGACAUGUACUGCAAGCCGUCGAGGUUGGUCAAAGUGACACUUAUAACACAACUGUUUUGCAUGUUCCAGACCUGGACCUGGUAGUUGGAGGAGAUGUGGUAUACGGCCAUUGCCAUCAAUUGUUCGCAGAAGACUCAACCCACGAAUUGAGACAAGAGUGGUUGAACAGUCUGGACAAAGCAGCUGCGCUGAACCCGGAGUUUGUUAUCCCUUCUCAUAUGCAACCUCACGAUGGAUAUCAACCAAGCCACAUCAACGAGACGAAACGGUACAUCCACGUUUGGGAGCAACUUCUAGCCUGUUCGAGCAGCUGGGAAGAGCUAGAGGCCAAGGUCAAGAAGGCGUUUCCGCUGCGCACUGGCAAUUUCAUCCUUCGCUGGACCUGCCAAGCACCCUUCAACGCGGCCUUUUAA